AUGGCGCAUAUAUCGAAAAUAUUUUCAGCAAAAGUCCUAAGACUUACAUUUUCGGUACGCAUCGUUCUCCGAACGCCACCUGAAAGACGUUUUCCUUUGCAGGCUAUCGUUCUGCGCUGUGGACACUCCUUUUGUGAGCUGUGCCUUGACGAAGCCGUCAACGUAGACGAUCGUUGUCCCGAAUGUCGCAGGCAUACACAAGGAGUUCUGAUCUCGAAUCUGUUCGUUCUCUUCUAUGCUGUUUCGCUACAAUUGAAAUAUUCCACAAGUAAUUUACCCGAAGACCACUCAUCGCCUAUACUGAGAGUACUGAUCGUCCAAACAGGUUCGAGCAAUUCGUCAAAUCAACGAUGUCUUCAAGUGGUCAUGAAGGAGGAUGAACUGUACGUUGUUUCGGGGAAAACUCGGAACGUCGCGCGCAGAGACCCCGAGAAAUUCGAAUGGCACCUCUCAGUUCAUCCAUUCAUUUAUUUUGACAUGUUCAGGGCUCUUUAUUAUUAUUUUCUUUGUCUUCCUCUCUUCCACUAG